AUAUUUGACCCCAUCGCGUAACCAUCUCCCGUGAUUCCUUCAAGCCAAUGAAAGGGCUAAGUCAGAAAGCUGGCGGAGGCGGGGUAGGGAAAGGCGGGAAUGUUUUUGUUCUUUCCUCAGCAUGGAGGACGUGGUUGCCAAGUAUGUAUCCCAGAAAAUUAGCAAGACCCGCUGGCGGCCGGUCUCAGCUACAACUCUACAGUCUCCCGAAGUCUUCGCUACCGGCUCGUGGGACAACGAGGAAAAUAAUAUUUCUAUAUGGUUGGUUGGAGACUUUGAAGGCUUGGGCGUGAGUGGAGAAUAUCAUGGAGAACCACAUCUGCUAUGUGAUAUCCAACAUAGUGGUGAUGUUAUGGAUUUGCAGUUUCUGGAUCAAGAGAGAAUUGUGGCUGCUUCAUCCACUGGAAGUGUGACUAUAUUCAAGCAUCAUCAAAAUAAUGAGACUCUAUCCAUAAGCCGGAAAUGGGAGAAGGCACAUCACUAUAAUCCUUCAUAUAGUAGUGCUUCAUGCACUGGGAUCAUAUGUAACAGCCCUGAAAUCUUUACUGUUGGGGAAGAUGGCAAAAUAAAUUUGUUCACAGCUGAACGUGUAGAUGCUGUUCGUACAUUAGACAAUGCUGACAGUAGUUCUCUCCAUGCUGUUACAUGUCUUCGAACAACUGAGAUCCUGACAGUUAAUUCAAUUGGCCAGCUCAAAAUAUGGGAUUUCAGGCAGCAAGGAAAUGAGCCAUCACAAAUAUUUUCAUUGACUGGGGAAAGAGUUCCUCUACACUGUGUUGACAGGCAUCCCAAUCAACAACACAUUGUAGCUACAGGUGGCCAAGAUGGAGCAUUGAGUAUUUGGGAUGUAAGGCAAGGAAGCAUGCCAGCUUCCUUACUAAAGGCUCACGAAGCAGAAUUGUGGGAAGUGCAUUUCCAUCCUUCCAGUCCUGACCAUCUAUUCACUUGUUCAGAAGAUGGAUCUCUGUGGCACUGGGAUGCAUCCAUGGAUGUGUCUGGGAAAAAAUCUGUGCUGCAUACAGGUGGGAGAAGCAGUACAUUUCUGUCUCAGACUGCAAUUCACCAAUCUAUAACAACCCCGUGGCUAAACAGUGAUCCUGCUAAAGACCGCAUAGAGACUACCAAUUUAAUUUCAAGCCCAACUCUAUCUAUUAAUAGUUUAGAUGUUUUAAGCUCAUGUCUUGUAUAUGGAACUGAUGCAGAAUCUAUUUAUGUUAAAAAAAACCUCUUUGCAUGAUUUGUAUUUACCUAAACUGUCAGAAUCCGGUUAGGGUGAUUCCAGCAUUUAAAUGCAAGAUCCACAAGACUUUAACACAGCCAUUAAUUCUAGGGACAUGAUUUGGAAUGAAUCAAAAUACAAAUAUUCAUCUUGAGAAGUCUACACGUCAACCUUUCAUUAAGUAAAGACAUUUCAUUAAUGUGCAGAAGAGGUUGCUAGGUUUCCAGCAAGUUAUCUAAUCAUCACAAAUACAAACCAAGCAGCCAGAUUAACAAUUUUUCACUAACUCAAGAACGGAACACAAGUGUGAGAAAACUUAUGCCUACCGCAUUUCUGUGCCUUGAGGUUUCUAGGAGAAACUUUCAUACAAUACCUUAACCUGUUUUCUCCAAACUCCAUAUUGUUCAGAAUAACAUGUUAGAAAGGAGAAGAGCAAUAAUCAAAAAUGUCAAAUUAUGACUUGUAAAGAAUAAGUUGUGACAUUUAUUUAAGAGCCCCUUCACCGGACACUUGAUUUCCCUGUACAGCCUCUGUCUUGAGAUGACCACUAAUGUACAAUGGAUCCCAUUACACUGGCCUCGUCAGACAGAUUUUUUUUUCUUGCACUCCCUUACUCUUAAGUGUGCCUAAGUGCAAAGACUCUGUGAAGUAACAGUUUGAAAAGAAUCUUUAAGGACUGUAUUGUUUUUAUUAAAGCACCAUUAAAAAUUGGUUGCUGUAUCUUUCUUAUUAAAUUACAUUAGCACAAAUGAUUGAAGAGCUUUGUUCAGACACAAGGAUCCACAUGCAGGGACAGCCAGUUGUUGUGGUGGAACAGUGCUAUUUCUGGAACCAGCUUGGAUUCCAUAUCUGUGUAGCGCAAUACUGUAUGCGCUCACUGGGCGUAAGACUGCCACCUCAGUCUACACUCCCUGUUUCUACAUCUUGAAUAUAUGCUUCUGCCUCAAGAAAGGAUUCUAACCCAGUAGUGUUGAUUGGUAACAUGUCUAGAACUGGAAAGCUGGAAGACACAAUGUCUGUAUUCCCUGUGUAUUCCGGGAUUACCCCAUAUUGGCUACCUGAGAAUUUAUGAAAGGGAGGAUACUGGCUUGCCUGCACAACUGUCCUUUCUUGCAUUAAUUUCUGUGUUUCUGUUUUCCUAAUUAAAGGUGUGUGUUGU